UUAAUAUUUUAAUGAUGCCAGUGGGUACAGUAAAAAGUAAAAAACCUUCAAUCUUGCUAUGGCACGAUCUAGAUGUUCAACAAUUGUGUGUACUUAAGGAAAGUACUGAUAAAUUAAAGACAUUAGCAGAGAUGUUUUCCUUAAAAAAUUACAAGGAUGACUUAAAAUCGGCCAUUUUGCUAGAUUUGUACUUCUACACAAUUCAGUUUGCCCUAAAGAAUGGAUUCAAUGAUGAACAAACCUCUGGAUUUUUUUCAAUGAUUAAAAGCGUACACGAAAUGGCGGUAGAAACUCCAUACGGUAAUGUCGAUGAUGUUUAUGAUUAUUUUAAAGAGUUGUUGCUGUGUCAUAGCUUGAAACGACCACCGUUUAGUGUGGAAUUGUUUAGCUCUAAUCAAGUUCAAGCUAUUUCAGAUUAUGUUACGAACACGUAUUUUAAACACUUCAAGUUGUAUAAGUACACAUUCACAGCUAAAGUGAGAUUGGAUUUGAGAUUUGAAUACGCAAAUGUACCAGAAACACCACCUCCAGAUGAUGAGGAGAGUGUGGAGAAUGAAGGAAAGGAUAAUGCUGGUGAAGUGAAUGACGAAGAAGACAAUUCAUCUCAUGUUAAUGAAGAUGUUGACUCUCCAGCUUUGAAGGAACUUAAGAAUUUCAUUACUGCUACCUUGAAUGAGCAAAUUAAGCAGUUACGAUUAACCAUUGAUGAAGAAAUCGCUUCAAGCAAUGAAAAACUUUCACAAAAACUUGGCUUUGCUGAAAAAGACGUAUCGAAAAGUCCCAAAGGAAGCAGAAAGAAAGGAAGAUAACUAUUAUCUAUCUUACUGAUUGACUUUGUUUAUACAUGAAAAUAUAAACAAUAACUUUAGCAUUAAAAAUCCUUUUUACUCUUCCAUUGAAAGUUUAUGUCGUAUGUUAUUCCAUCAUUACUUAUCAUUAACUUAUUUACUAUCAUGUACUUUGUUUAUCAGUCACUGCUUUUCAUUUAUUUUUUAAGACUUGUAACUACUUCUUAUUUAUCUUCAUCUGCUUUCAUUUUCUAUAACUACUUCUUAUUUCCUAUCAUCUACCAUCAAUUACUGUCAGUUAAUUAAAUGACAGUAAAAUUAAAUGUCAAAAACCACCA